AUGUCUUGGUGUACCAUUGAAUCUGACCCCGGUGUCUUCACGGAGCUCAUACAGCAAAUGCAAGUUAAAGGAGUGCAGGUUGAAGAGUUGUAUUCAUUGGACCUUGAUUCUCUUGACAGUCUUAGACCAGUAUAUGGCUUGAUUUUCCUCUUCAAGUGGCGCCCUGGGGAGAAAGAUGACCGUCCUGUCAUCAAGGAUCCGAAUCCUAACCUCUUUUUUGCAAGUCAGGUAAUCAACAAUGCUUGCGCAACCCAGGCAAUCCUGUCCAUCCUAAUGAAUUCUGCUAACAUAGAUAUCGGCCCUGAAUUAUCGAAACUGAAAGAAUUCACCAAGAACUUCCCACCAGAGCUCAAAGGCUUAGCCAUCAACAAUAGUGAAGCUAUACGUGCGGCUCACAACAGUUUUGCAAGACCCGAGCCUUUCAUCUCUGAUGAACAGAAAAUCGCUGGAAAAGACGAUGAUGUGUACCACUUCAUCAGUUACAUACCUGUCGAUGGUGUGCUUUAUGAGCUUGAUGGAUUGAAAGAGGGCCCCAUCAGUCUCGGCCAGUGCUCCAAUGACCUUGAUUGGCUCAAACUGGUUGGACCGGUGAUACAGGAACGCAUCGAGAGGUAUGCCAAGAACGAGAUAAGGUUCAAUCUCUUGGCGGUGAUCAAGAACCGGAAAGAGAUGUACACUGCCGAGCUGAAGGAGCUCCAGAGGCAGAGGGAAAGGAUCCUGGCAGCUUCUCAAACUGAAGGGGCCAGCGGGGGCAGCUACGAAUCGAUGAGCAAGUCAUUGUCCGAGUCGUUGUCCGAGGUGAACAGUGGGAUCGAGACCACAACUGCAAAGAUCCUGAUGGAGGAGGAGAAGUUCAAGAAGUGGAGAACCGAGAACAUUAGGAGGAAGCACAAUUACAUCCCGUUCCUGUUCAACUUCCUCAAGAUCCUUGCUGAGAAGAAGCAGCUCAAGCCUCUGGUCGAGAAAGCCAAGCAAAAGGCUGGCAACGCCAAGUGA